AUGUGGCUAGAAUAUGCAUUCCCCAACGACGAGGCCGAGGCCGAAAGGCUCGACAUGCAACACGCCAUGCAGUCCCAUCUUCUGGGCGACCGAUUAUUCUGGGCGCCCAUAACUGAGACUCCCCAGCGGGUGCUGGAUCUGGGCACCGGCACGGGCAUCUGGGCGAUUGACUUCGCCGACACGUUCCCCUCGGCCGACGUCGUGGGGACGGACCUUAGCAGCAUCCAGCCCACGUGGGUGCCGCCGAACUGCCGGUUCGAGAUCGACGACGCAGAGGCCGACUGGACGUGGCCCGAAGACCACUUUGACUACAUUCACAACCGCAACUUUGUGUGCGCCAUUCGGGACUGGCCGGCCCUGAUCCAAAAGACUUACCAGCAUCUCGUCCCCGGCGGCUGGGUCGAGUGGCACGAGAAGCACCCGGAAUUUUCCAGCGACGACAACUCCCUCCCACCAGACUCGGCGCUUGUCGAAUGGAGCAGGAAGUUCUUCGAGGCCAGCGUGACUUUCGGCGCCGACGUCGAUUCACCCCGCCACCUGAAGAGAAUCAUGGAAGAAACCGGCUUCGUCGACGUCGAGGAACAUAUCCUCAAACUCCCCGUGGGAUCAUGGCCGCGCGAACCCCGGCUGAAGAGAUGUGGCCUGUUCGAGAUGGUGAAUAUGACGCAGGGAAUCCAGGCGCUGACGGUCAUGCUCUUCACGCGCUGCCUGAACAUGACGCCCGAGGAGGUCGAGCUGUUCCUCAUGUCCGUGCGCAAGGACGUCAAGAACAAGAGCAUCCACAGCUACUAUAACUUUUAUGUCGUCUUUGGGCGGAAACCUCCCCUACCGAGCUGA